AUGAAUUCACGCUUUAUUAAUCCUGAUAAUGAAGAAAGAUUUACUUUUGAUCUCUCAGAGGAAGUUCCUGAAAUCAAUGAAGAUGGAGGAUGCGGUAGCUCACUUCUACAGUUCUCUACAUCUGAUUCAUUUCAUUCUAAGUCAAUUUUGUAUUUACUUGAAACUUCCAGAGUUUUGAUUGUCACUGGGGAAACUGGCAGUGGGAAGUCUACGCAACUCCCUCAGUAUGUUUAUGAAGCUGGUUGGUUGGAUUUAAAAUCCAGUAAUCUUAACCCAUCUGGAGUUACUAUCGCUGUGACACAACCAAGACGUGUUGCUGCUCUAACAUUGGCUACGCGGGUGGCUGAAGAAAAGAAUUGGCAGAUUGGUAAACAAGUUGGAUAUAUUAUACGUUUUGAGGAAUGUUGGACACCGGGUUCAACUGUAAUCUCUUACCUUACUGAGGGUAUGAUGGUACAGGAGUUGUUACGUGAUCCACUUUUAACCCGUUUUCGUGUAAUUAUGCUGGAUGAAGUCCAUGAACGAUCUCUUCAGACCGAUAUUCUCCUAGGACUUAUCAAGAAGGUGUUACGUAAACGACCAAAUGAUUUAAGGGUUAUUAUUUCUUCGGCUACUCUGGAAGCUGAAAAAUUUGUAGAGUAUUUUUCAAAGAUGAAAAUGUCAGAAAGUGAAGAAAAUAAACAAAUAGCACAGUUGACUCCAGUUACACAUUUAAAUGUUGAAGGACGCCAGUAUCCUGUUUCAAUAUUUUAUUCACUUGAUCCUGUUCCGUGUUAUUUAUCUGCAGCUAAAGAAACAGUUUUUGGGAUACAUGAAACCAAACCUUUAGGAGGUGAUAUACUUGUCUUUGUCACAGGUCAGAAUGAAGUUUCUCAGUUGGUUGGUAAUCUAGUAGAAGAAUAUCGAAGUCGAAAAGAACGUUUCUUAGCUGCUCAACAACAGAAUUCCAAGGUGAAGUCACCUGCUAUGUAUCCACCUCUACGUUGUCUACAACUGCACGGAUCCCUUCCCCAGCAUGAACAACUUCGUAUUUUUGAAAGACCAACUCGAGCCUGUCGUAAAGUUGUUGUAGCUACCAAUGUUGCAGAAGCAUCAGUUACUCUUCCUGGUAUUUCUUAUGUAGUAGAUUCUGGAUUUUCUCGAAUUCGAGCGUACAAUCCUGUGAAUGGACUUGAAGCUUUAGUAACCAUACCCAUAUCUCAAGCCUCAGCACGACAACGUGCUGGGCGAGCUGGACGUACAAGGACAGGACAGGCUUAUCGGCUUUACACAGAAGAAGCAUUUCACAAACUCCUACCACGUUUUACACUGCCGGAAUCAUUACGUGUUGAUUUAUCUGGUGCUCUUUUACGCUUAAAAACACUUGGCAUUGAUCGUCUGGCUCAGUUCGAUUGGCUUGACCCACCACCUCCAUCACAUGUUGGUCAGUCUGCAGAACGGCUCGUCGCCUUAGGAGCUCUUGAUGCGAACUCUGGUCAUCUUACUAUUCCCCGUGGAUUAAAGCUAGCAGAAGUCUCUACUACAUGCGGCUUAGAUCAGCCUUCAGCUGCAGCCGCACUGUUGGGUGCUUGUGACGAAGGGUGUUCUCAAGAGGUGGCUGCUAUUGUAUCAUUAAUGCAAAUUCAAAGAGUAUUCACCGUCUCCGACUAUAAACGUACAGGUGAUCGUAUUCGUAGACAGAUAUUUGGCUGUCAUCAAGGCGAUCAUUUGACAGAAUUAAAUGCAUUUGUUGCUUAUGAACAACAAUCAAAAGUAUUAUCAAAAUCAGAACUACGAACAUGGUGUCGUGAUGUUGGUUUGAAUGAACGUGGACUAGCUCAUGCAAUUAUUCUACGUGAUCGAAUUGGUUCCAUAUUUCGUCGUUUAAAAUUACCAUGGGUGAAAGCUGAACCCGAAGGUAAUCCAAUUCCAAUACUUCGAGCUCUUGUACGAGGUUUCUUUCAUCAGGCUGCUCGUUUAGCUUCAUCUGGUUCUCAUUAUUUGACAAUCAGAGGUGAUCAUCAAUUACGCCUACAUCCUAAUUGUGUUUUAUACUCAUCAACAUCACGUUGGCCAACAUACAUUCUAUUCACAAAUAUAUUUCUGAUACCCAACUUAGAUGAUAAUAAUUCUGGGAAGAUUGGAAAUUUUGAUAAGACUGAUAUAUCAAGUACUUGUGUCAGUGGUGUUAGUGUUGUACAACCUGAUUGGUUAUUAGAAUUAGCUCCACAUUAUUAUCAAUUCGGUACUGAUAGAGAACACUUGGAACAUUCUUUACGAGUGAAAAAUUGA